UGCUUGAUCAGGCCCAUGCCAUUGGGAAGGCAGCCAGCGAAUUUAUUCACCGAGAGUUGAAGAUGGACUAUGUAUAUGACUACAUGUUCCAUCUCUUGAAUGAGUAUGCCAAGCUCUUGAGAUUCUAGCCUGAGGUGCCUAAGAAUGCAGUUGAACUUUGCUCGGAGAGCAUGGCUUGUCCGGCCAAGGGAUUAGUGAAGAAAUUUAUGAUGGAAUCCUUAGUGAAGAGUCCUUCAGACACAAACCCAUCUAGGAUGCCACCUCCUUAUGAUCCUGCAUCUCUUCAUACAAUGCUCAGGACAAGGGAAGAUUUAGUAAAACGAGUAAAUGCAUGGGAGAAAAAAUUUUGGGAAAAUCAACAACAAGAAAACAAAUAGGGCUAAAGAGAGGAUUGAACGCUUUAGUAGUUUGAUGUUAUGCAAAUGAGUAUUAAACAAGCAUGCUUAUU